AUGCAGAUCUUCGUCAAGACCCUGACGGGCAAGACCAUCACAUUGGAUGUCGAGCCCAGCGAUACCAUCGAAAAUGUGAAGCAAAAGAUUCAAGACAAGGAGGGCAUUCCCCCCGAUCAGC